AUGCUGCUGCCUGUCCUGCUGCUGCCUGUCCUGCUGCUGCCUGUCCUGCUGCUGUCUGUCAUGCUGCUGCCUGUCAUGCUGCUGCCUGUCAUGCUGCUGUCUGUCAUGCUGCUGCCUGUCAUGCUGCUGCCUGUCAUGCUGCUGUCUGUCAUGCUGCUGUCUGUCCUGCUGCUGUCUGUCAUGCUGCUGUCUGUCAUGCUGCUGUCUGUCCUGCCGCUGCCUGUCAUGCCGCUGUCUGUCAUGCUGCUGUCUGUCAUGCUGCUGUCUGUCCUGCUGCUGCCUGUCAUGCUGCUGUCUGUCAUGCUGCUGCCUGUCCUGCUGCUGCCUGUCCUGCUGCUGUCUGUCCUGCUGCUGUCUGUCAUGCUGCUGUCUGUCAUGCUGCUGCCUGUCAUGCUGCUGUCUGUCAUGCUGCUGUCUGUCCUGCUGCUGCCUGUCAUGCUGCUGUCUGUCCUGCUGCUGUCUGUCAUGCUGCUGCCUGUCAUGCUGCUGCCUGUCCUGCUGCUGCCUGUCCUGCUGCUGCCUGUCCUGCUGCUGCCUGUCCUGCUGCUGCCUGUCCUGCUGCUUUCCAAACCGUAG